AUGUUUCUGUCUAAUAACGUAACUCUAGAUACCUCUCCUUUGGUGUAUUUGGUCGGCACGAAGAAGGAUCUUAGAAUGGAGUGCUCGUUUGAGGAUCAUCGGUUGGCGGCGGAGGAGGUUGGUAUUGGUAUGGGACCGAGUUGCUGCGUUGGUGUGAGAGAGGUGAGUUGUCUGUGA